CCAUAAAGAGCAUGCUCAAGGUUGCUUGCGCCAGUGAAGGGARUUUUUUUGUGAACGUUGAAAGAAACCUCGUGUCGAGGGAGCAUACAAUACCAGACGAUUGCCACAAUCGAAGAGCGACUUCUGAGAAGCUACCAUGGACCACGCAAGGUCGACAAUAUCCAAAAUUUUCAAUGGAGAGCCUCGCUCAUACACACGCUUCAACCUGACACAGAACAUGGAGGGUGAGAACAGCCAGGUGGAGAUGAAACUGUCGUCCGACAUGGACGAGGAGGUGGGCGGCAAUGGCGUAGGGGAGGACCUCAACCAUGCCAAGGAACCCUAUGUGGUACACAAGCCUGCCGGGCGCACGCCCAAGAGCGUCUGCUUCAUGGUGGCCACCAUACUCCUCAUCUUCAUCAUCAGCUAUCUGAUUGGCUACCUGUCCCACCGGAAGAAAGAGUUGGCUCCUCCCAGCUGCUCCAGGUCCACCUUUGAAGAAUCCAUUACCCAGGAUUCCGUUAAGAUGGCGGCGGACCCUGUCAUGGACUGGACGGACGUGAAGCGACUGCUGGAUCAGAAGAUGAGUGCCUCCAGCUUCGAGAGUGCCUUCAGUGAGUUUGCUAGUGAAAGCCAUCAGGCAGGCUCUGUUGGAGACAAUGUGCUGGCCAAGAAGGUGCUGGCAAGGUUCAAAGAGUAUGGCAUGUACACGUGGACUGACGAGCACUAUGUCAAGCUUGUGGAUCCCCCUGCAUCUGGCUCCAACAGGGUGACCUUCAAAGGGUCUGACCUUGGAGCACUGAGGGGCUAUCUGGCCUACAGCAAAACUGGAACAGCGAAGGGCGCAGUACUUCACGGCAACUACGGCCAGAUGGACGACCUGAGAAAACUGCAGGAUAAGAACAUUGCCUUGGACGGGAGGGUCCUUCUGGUCAGAUCUGGAAAAAUAAGCUUUGCUGAGAAGGUGGCCAACGCAGCCAAGCUGAAUGCCUCUGCUGUUCUCAUCUACCCUGCUGACAGAGGGCUCAGAGAGUCCACUCAGCUCUUUGGCCAUGUCCAUCUUGGCUCUGGCGACCCUUACACCCCCGGGUUCCCCUCCUUCAACCAUACCCAGUUUCCCCCUGUCCAGUCCUCAGGCCUCCCCAGCAUCCUGGCCCAGACCAUCACAGUCAACAUGGCCGCCACUAUUAUCAGGGGGAUGAAAGGGAAAAGCGCCCCUACAGGUUGGGUAGCGGUAGGACAACUGGGAGAUGAUGACGAUAUGGUCACGGUGGAGGUCAACAACGUCCUGGCUGAGAAGAAGAUCGUCAACGUGUUUGGAGUCAUCAAAGGCUUUGUGGACCCAGAUCGUUUUGUGGUUAUGGGUGCUCAGAGGGAUGCCUGGGGUCCAGGCUUCGCCAGCUCCACAGUGGGCACCAGUGUGUUGGUGGAGUUGGCACGCGCCAUCUCAGACAUGGUGAAAAAUGAUGGCUUCAAGCCCAGGAGGAGCAUCGUUUUUGCCAGCUGGAGUGCUGGAGAGUUUGGGAGUGUUGGCGCCACUGAGUGGUUGGAGGGUUAUUUGUCUUCUCUGAACAUGAAAGCCUUCUCUUACAUCAACCUGGAUGGWGUUGUAACAGGUUUCCCAACAUUCAAAGCCUCGGCCAGCCCUUUGAUGUACACACUCAUCCAGAGAACGCUACGGGAGGUGAACACUCUCAGUGACUCCGGUACACUCUACUCUACAGUCCCCGGGCCCAACUGGGAGGCAGCAGUCAUGGAGCCUCUGAGGCUAAAUGAUCCCGCUUAUCCCUUCGUCACCUUCUCCGGCAUCCCAGCCGUCUCAUUCCGUUUCACCACAGAGGGUGAGGAAUACCCAUACCUCGGGACACUGGAUGAUACACGCGACAAGCUGUAUGGCGCCACGUCCAACCAGGUGGCCAAGCUGGCGGUGUCUGCAGGGCAGUUCGCCGGGAAAAUAGCCCUGCGGCUGGUCCACGACCACCUGCUGSGCCUGGAUGUGGAGAAAUACAGCCGCCUGAUCCGCGCCCACGUGUUCGCAAUUAACUCCAAGAUCAAAACAGUGCAGAGUAUGCAGCCCCAGCUGUUGCCUAAGUCGCUGACUGUCCAGUGGCUGAUGUCUGCGACGGGCUCCUACAGCCGAGCCGCCAGUAGCCUGUCCACUGAAAUCGAUAAUAGUAACCUGGAGGAAGCAGAUGUGUGCCGUAACAUCAACGACCGUAUCAUGAGUGUGGAGAGGGACUUCCUGUCCCCAUACACGUCUCCCAGAGAGACCCCGUUCCGCCACAUCCUGGUGGGCUCCGGCUCCUACACCCUGAAGGCUCUAUCGGACCACCUGGACGCCCUGCAGRUCGACCACUCGGACGCCAACGCUGAUCUGUUCCGGAUUCAGUUUGCUUUGGCAACCUGGACCAUCCAGGGCUGCGCCAACUCACUGGCGGGGGAAGUCUGGUCCAUAGAUAACAUGAUCUAAGCCGGCCUCAACAUGUYCUAUUAAACAAAACACCCAAUAUAGCCAUCAGUCAAGGCACCAUCAGUAAGGGUCACCCAUUCAGGAAAAUGAAAUAGAAGUGUUCUGUAUC